AUGUUUCGGACCUCUUUCGGGAUACAGAUGCUUCACCGCGCUCGCCGCAGGGUUCGCCGUCUCAAGGCCGCGGCUCGUAAGCGGCUUCUUCGGCGACGCACUCGGCUCGACAACAUUUCCAAGCGCAACGCUAUACGCUCUCCCCUCCUCCGCCUUCCCGCCGAAAUCAGAAACCUGGUGUAUCACUACGUUUUCUGCGAUGUAGUUGCUAAUCUGGACGAACACUCCUGGUAUUCUUACCAGGUUGCUGUUUGGAAGUUCUUCGGCGACAACGGUUUGAAACUACUUAACGUCUCUCGUCAGAUCUAUCAAGAAACCGCGCUUCUUCCGUACAAACUCGCAACAUUCAAGUUCGGCCUCAGUGGCACCCGAAGUUACGGACACAAGCGCAAUGCGAUCAAGGGGUUUUUGGACAGGAGAUCAGAGGUUCAGAUCGAGGUGCUCGGCAAUUUGGAGCUUUUAUCAUACUACAACGGAUUUGAAGGCGUCAACUUGACUGGGACCGGUGCCUACUGGGUUGCAAGAUUGAGUGAAGGAGAUUCUAUUCUAUUGAUGACUGUAGAGAAGCUACUCGAAUAG